AGGAACCAAUCGGCUAGCGGCAGCGAGUUGGCUGGCAAAGGCUGUGCGGCCUGGGGAAGCCGCGCGGCAUGGCGGGCGGGGCUCGGGAGGUGCUCACGCUGCAGUUGGGCCAUUUUGCGGGUUUCGUAGGAGCGCACUGGUGGAACCAGCAGGAUGCUGCGGUGUGCGGUCCGACCGACGCCAAGGAGUCGCCAGGAGAGCUGUGCCCGGACGUCCUGUACCGGACCGGCCGGACGUUGCACGGCCAGGAAACCUACACGCCGAGACUCAUCCUCAUGGAUCUGAAGGGUAGUCUGAGCUCCCUAAAACAAGAAGGUGGACCCUACAGGGACAGACAACUAGAUGCCGCGAUAGCAUGGCAGGGAAAGCUCACCACACACAAAGAGGAGCUCUAUCCCAAGAACCCUUAUCUCCAGGACUAUCUGAGCGCAGAGGGAGUGCUAAGUAGUGAUGGUCUCUGGAGAGUCAAAUCCAUUCCCAGUGGCAAAGGUCCUCCACCACUCACCGCUGCCACAACUCCAAAACCACAUAUCCCCACAGACGGCAGCAUCAGAGUCUGGUCAGACUUCCUCAGAGUCCAUCUCCACCCCCGGAGCAUCUGUAUGAUUCAGAAGUAUAACCAUGACGGGGAAGCAGGUCGCCUGGAGGCGUUUGGCCAAGGGGAGAGCGUCCUGAAGGAGCCCAGGUACCUGGAGGAGCUGGAGGACAGGCUGCACUUCUACGUGGAGGAAUGUGACUACCUGCAGGGCUUCCAGAUCCUGUGUGACCUGCAUGACGGCUUCUCUGGGGUAGGCGCUAAGGCCACAGAGUUGCUGCAAGACGAGUAUUUAGGGCGGGGAAUAAUAACCUGGGGCCUGCUCCCUGGCCCCUACAGUCUUGGGGAGCCCCAGAAAAACGCCUAUCGGCUGUUAAACACCGCGUUCGGUCUGGUGCACCUGUCUGCUCACAGCACUCUGGUGUGCCCCUUAUCCUUGGGGGGCAGUCUGGGGCUGCGACCUCAGCCACCUGUCAGCUUCCCUCACCUGCAUUACGACGCCACCCUGCCCUUCCACUGUAGUGCCAUCCUGGCUACAGCCCUGGACACAAUCACGGUUCCGUACCGCCUGCGUUCCUCGCCAGUUUCCAUGGUUCAUCUGGCUGAUACGCUGAACUUCUCUGGGAAAAAGGUGGUGGUGGCGGCAGCAGCUAUUCCCUUCCCCUUGGUUUCAAGCCAGUCCCUUCCUGAUACCCUGGUGCAGCUUGGAGGAGCCACACCGUGGACCCCACUGUCUGCAUGUGGGGACCCUUCUGACACACGCUGCUUUGCCCAGUCAGUGGUGCUGAGGGGUGUAGACAAAGCACACCAUGCCAGUCAGCUCAUCCCAGGGACACCUCUGCCCUCUCCCCUCCAUGCGGGCACCACUGGGGAAGACGUCUUGGCGCAGUACCUACAGCAGCAGCAGCCUAGAGCCAGGAGUUCUUCCCAUGUGCUGCUGACUCCCUGCAAGGUGGCUCCUCCUUACCCUGACCUCUUCUCCUCAAGCCUCAGCCAGCAAGGGCUGGUUCUAGAUGGUCCCCCAACUGGGGCAGCAGUGGAAAGCAUCCCAGUGCUUGGGGCCCUCUGCUCCUCCUCAUCCUUGAACCAGACCCUGGGAGACUUAGCCAGGGAGCUCGCCAGACUUGACCUGCGGCGGUGGGCCAGCUUCAUGGAUGCCGGAGUGGAACAGGAUGACCUACAGGAGACGCUGCAGGAGCUGCACAAUCUGGCUCAGUGCUACCAGGGCGGUGACAACCUCAUGGACUAACGUCCCAAGAAAGGAAAAGAGUUCGUUUACAAUAAAAACUGCUGGGUGCAGAA